CCAUGUUGCUUCGCCAGCGUUCUUGAUUCUGUCGCGUGCAUCCGGAACCGCAAGACACUGCGUGGACGUAUUGAUAACAACGCGACACCUUUUUUUUGGCGGAGCUUUCGGUGCAUUUCGACCGAUUUUAUUCAAGUAAUUUUUUCUUUCCUCUUCCUGCUCCUUGUUGGCUGGCAUUUCACUUCCCUACAUCUCCUCCUUUGCCCUUUAGGAUUGCCUAGAGCACUGGCUUCUACUUCUGCUGAACCUCUUGCUGUUAACCUUCCUCUUCAUCCUCCUGCUCUUCCAGUCACAAUGCCCACCAUCUACAACACCUCUAUCUGGUACACGCACAAGGAGUUCCACCUUCUCCCGUAGUGCAGUAAUGCCCGCUCUGGCCCUGUGCCAGUCUCCACCCGCUGCCCUAAUCACCGCUCCUCCUCUUGCCAUCCCACCCCUUGCAAUUGCCAUUGUUGCCAUCUGCAGGCUCCUGCACCAUGAAGGAUGAGGUCAUCAGCACCAACGCACUGGCCUGGCUGGUCUGCUCGGGGGUGUCUAUCCUGGCAAAUGCCUGGGGCAUCCUGAGCGUGAGUGCCAAGCAGAAGAAGUGGAAGCCUCUGGAAUUCCUGAUCUGCACACUGGCCGGCACACACAUCCUCAACAUGGGCAUUCCUAUCACCAUGUACUGCGUCAUCCAGCUGCGCCGCCAGCACUCCAAUUAUGAGUGGAAUGAAGGCCUCUGCAAGGUCUUUGUCUCUACCUUCUACACUCUCACUCUGGUCACCUGCUUCUCCGUCACAUCACUUUCCUACCAUCGCAUGUGGAUGGUGCGGUGGCCUGUCAAUUACAGGCUGAGCAACACGAAGAAGCAGGCUGUGCACACAGUGAUGGGCAUCUGGAUGGUUUCUUUCAUCUUGUCCACACUGCCCGCUGUGGGCUGGCACGACACCAGCGAGCGCUUCUACGCUCAUGACUGUCGCUUUAUAGUGACUGAAAUCGGUCUAGGCUUUGGCGUCUGCUUCCUGCUGCUGAUCAGCGGUAGUGUAACAAUGGGAGUCAUCUGCAUCGGCAUUGCUCUAUUUCAGACCUUCUCCAUGCAAACAGGCCACAGUGCUGACAAGAACAAGUUCAAUGUGCCUACUAUUGUGGUGGAAGAUGCGCAGGGUAAGCGGCGCUCCUCCAUCGAUGGCUCGGAGCCAAUCAAGACCUCCUUGCAAAUCACGUACCUGAUCAGCGGCAUCGUGUUCAUCUAUGACUUCCUUACUGGCUUUCCCAUACUGGUAGUGAGCUUUGCCAGUCUGAAGUAUGACCGCUCCUACAGCUGGAUGGUACUGUGUGUGCUGUGGUGCUCCAUAGCACAAUCCAUUCUCCUCCCAAUGUUCCUGUGGGCCUGCGACCGAUACCGUGCUGAUGUCAAGGUGGUCUGGGAGAAAUGCGUAGCCAUUAUGUCCAACGAUGAAGUAGACGAAGAAAACAGCCAGGAUGGAGGCAUUCAUCCGGACUUAAUAUAUGACAGACCUUAUGACUAUAGCUCCGCUGCUGAUAUCUUGACGGUAGACCGUAUUGCCAAGUACGAAUUCUCAACCUUAGAAAGGGGGGUCCCCCAGUGUUAUCGAUUGAGGGAGCCUCAGGAAGAUAAAAUGCACUAUUUGCAGGUGCCCCCUACAAGAAGAUACUCCCACGACGAAACCGACAUGUGGACCACAGGGGCGAUUCCUUCCUACCUGCACCGCUGGGGAUCUACCGAGGACAUGAUGGGUGUGCCGCGUUACACCUCGAACCGCCACGAGAGACGCCGCAGCAGUCUAGCCUCGUGUCACGAGGAGAGCAGCCGCCAUCAACGCGCACGUAGGAGCUCUGACGGGACUCGCUCUCUCCCACGAUCCCAGCGCUCCGAGGAUGAGCUGGGGUGCUUCAGCCGUGACGAAGUGAUCAACUUUAUUGAUGAGACACCUCUGGCCAGCCCGAUCAGGAGCCCCAGACGGGCAUCUGCGCUCUCUUUAGUGGCCAGUGCUCAAGAGCGCCAGAUUAUUCUUUUACCACAUUUCCCGCUUACACAUUUCGAGCGGGAGCCUCAGGCCCUGCGGCGUGGCUCUGAACACAAGGGAUCGCGCGCUGAACUGCAUCAGGGAUCACCUAGAAAGGACAGUAACAGCAGGGGGAGAGCAGAGGAAGUGGGUUUGAGCGAAUACGGAUCCGGUAAAGGUUGUCAUGAGCAACGGCGAGAUGGAAAGCGUCCGUCCGAACUGAUUUUAACAGGCCAGGGCAUGUGGACAGCAGUGCACUCGUCACUCAGGGGGAAAUCAGGACAAGGUGAAGCGUAUGUGACUAAGAGCGAAAUCCAAGGGAGCAUGAACAGCUUUAGAAACUUGCAAUCGCCAUCGUCGAGAUAUAAAGCAUAUCACUCCGGUUCUAUCGGAUCGACGACCUAAGAUCUUUUAUUAUUUGUCACACACACAUCUCUUAAUAUAAAUAUGAGUAUUCUUGUUAUACAUAUUCAAGUGGAAUGUUUUUGUAAUUUGGGCGCUUCGUGAUCGAGUCUUGAGAAGUGGUCUAAGGCAGAGAUACGUACGUUCUUUUAUAGCUAUUUUUAAAUGUUACAAAUAUACGAAACAUGAUAAUCUUGUAUUGCAAUUUUUGGAAUUGAUAUUUCAAUUUAAAGAGAAUUUUGAGAGUAGAAAAGGGCCUUUUUUCAACUGGUGUUUACAAUAGCCACAACGAGCCAUUGAAAAUUUUUACUGGAUUCCUUUUCCACUCUUUUCACUAUUUCUGUUGGUUAUGGUUGUGUGGUGUUAUUAUGUUAUUCUUUUAUAAAAUGAUUCUAUAAAUGUACAGUAGAUGAUCUGAUUUGCACCCAAAAAAAAUGAGGCUGUCUUUUUAUUUUUUAUUUCAUGCACAAAAGUUUUCGAAGGAUUAAAUAAAGUUAAAUCUCCAGAUUGAAUUCGUGUGUGGAUGUCAACCAAACCAAAGUUUAGGUUUUAUCUGUAAUGAAUUGCAGUUUCCAAGUAAUGUAUGUUCUUCGCAAUAUUCAGAAGAACAUUUGAAUGGUGGAGUAAAAUAUUUUUUUUGUCUGAGUGGGAUGUUGUUUUGCGAUCAAAUUUCUACAAUGAUCUCAAUUUAGUUCUAAACCCCAGGAAUUCAUUUUUACAAUUUUUUGAGAAUUAAAAAUGUGUUUGCCUUUGUACAGUAAAUACCACACAUGGUUAUUUCUCCAUUAAAAUAACACAAUUCUAUUUCAAAUCAA